AUGUGUGCCGGUAAUAUCUAUAUUGCCAUCUAUUUUUGUUUGCAACAGGUGACUGGAUGCCUGUCAUACUAUGACAAAGUUCGAGAUGGGUUUUACCUGAUCCAUGGGAUGGAUCCAUAUGUAUGGACCAUAAGUACUGAUCUCCAUGAAACUGGUCGGGUCCCAUCUUUUGAAUUGUUGAAAGCUGUUAACCCUUGUAAUGAUUUCCCUAUUGAAGUGGUUUUAGUUGAUAAAUCUAGGGAUCCUAGUUUAAGGGAACUGCUAAAUAAGGUGCUCGGCCUUUAUAGUAGCUGGACCACUCAGAAAGAGGUGGUUGAUCACCUUGCAGAGCUUGUAUGUAAGCGCUUGGGGGGCAUAGCUUCUACUGGAGAAGAUUGUUUGGAGAACCGAUGGAAAGAGCGCGUUCAGGUUUUGAAGGACUGUCUAGGCUCUAUUGUGAUUCCAAUUGGAAGAUUAUCUGUUGGGUCUUGUGUUCAUCGGGCCCUACUUUUUAAAGUGUUGGCAGACAUAGUUAACUUACCAUGUCGAAUAGCUAAGGGCUGUAAAUAUUGUGGGAGGGAAUGUGCUUCCUCAUGUCUGGUGCGAUUUGGUCUGGACAGAUCGGAUGCGCUUUGUGGAACGGUAUUGGGCUAUAUACACAAAAAGAAGUUGAAUAUUUUGGAGAUUCAGGCCGUACCGUGGCAUUACAGAAUGGUGUCGGAUGAUACAAUGUGA